GUUUCAUUUGUCUGAGCCGCCGCCGCUUGGCUGGCUGUAGCGCCGUCUCUCAGCGCCAUAUGAAGGAUUACUGUUUUGAAGCUGAUAUAGACGCAGUUUCUGUCUCAUCCUGAUACAUUUCCCCGCAUGAGAGACGUCACAGCUCCGAAAAUGAGCAGUUUGAGGGCAUGUAAGGAACCAUUUGACAGAACCAGCUCUGAACCUGUGGAGGACACAGACACCACCAGCUUUGUAGCAGAAUUUUCCUUGGAGGCCAAUUAUCCAGUGCAGGUCACCGAUCGCCAUGCAGAUGCUGUGACACUCCACCUGAGCUCCAUGCCCUCUGGAUACCUGAGCCCCUCAUCAGACAGAAUAAGACAGCCAGUUGAAGAUGUUGAAGAAUGCACCUGCCCAACAUCUGUUUCACCAGACUACCCCAAAGAACUGCAGUUACUAAAUAUCCCCUGUGAAAAGUGCUGCUGCCCAGCACCUCCUCCCAAGAUCAGCGACCUCAUGAAUGACAAAGAUCUCCUAGAUUUACUGCGGCUCAAACUGGAUCCAAACCACUGCACCAUCAAAAACUGGAAGAACUUUGCAAGUCGCUGGGGAAUGAGUUACGAUGAACUGACCCUGCUGGAGCACCGGACUCAGGGCUCUUUGUCCCACAGUCCCACCCAGGAGUUCCUGCUGCGUUACAACCAGAAGACGGUCACUGAGCUCACCGAUCUUUGCCGCAUCUAUCAGCGCAUUGAUGUGCUGCGACUGCUGCAGAGCUGGAUAGAGAAGGACUGGCCAUCACGCUGGCAACAGACUCAUUAACCAGUUUGACUCAAUGUAUAUUUAUCCUGUUUCUCUUUUUUCUUCAGUCAGGGUUGUAUUUGUUAGGGAUUUCUUUUUCUUCUACAUUUGACCAAUUUUUUAUUAUUAGUAACAAGUAAUCUUAAAAAAAGAGAAUACCAGCAUCACUGGGUGCUUCAGGUAGUACAGGAUCCUACAGACAGUAUAGAAUUUACAAAAAAAUAACAUGUUGUUAUGUCUAAAGGCCAGUCCGUUUCUUGGUCUGUCAGGUGAUCUACCACUUUAGUCCAGACUGAAAUAUCUCAACAUCUGCUGGAUAGAUGGCCCUGAAAAUUUGUAAAGACAUUCAUUGUUCCCAGAUGACGUAUCCUAAUGACUUUGGUGAUCCCCUGACUUUUCCUCUAGCGUGACCACAAGGUUGACAUUUGUGUGAGAGGGCUAGACAACUAUUGGAUGGAUUGCCAAGAAAUUUGGUAAGGACAUGCAUGGUCCCCUAAGGAUGAAUUGUAAUAAACCUGGUGAUCUGAUUUUUUGUGUGAAGUGCUAAUUAGCUAAGUUAGUUAAGAUGCUAACACGCUAAUGUAAGAUAGUGGACAUCGCAAACGUUAUACCUGCUAAACAUCAGCAUUGAGCAUUGUCAUCAUGUGCAUGUUAACAUGGUGAUGUUAGCAGGUAGCUCAAAGAACCGUUGUGCCCAAGUACAGUCUCACAGAACCACUAGCCACUGGUUUUCUGGCAAUUCUGACUCACAACCCUCUGCACAGUGCGAGUAUAAGCAAGAGGGUCAAAGUUCCAGGCUCGAUGUUAUGACAAAGUAGUAUGUCUCAACUGUAUGCAUACUGCAUGCAACAGUGCUUACUUUGUAAGGACAGCUGCAGUACAUACUACAAGUAGAAAAGUAAAAGAAUGCCAUUUGGAACACAGCAUUAGUCUUGUUUAUGUGCAUCUGACUGCAUAUGCCUGAAUAAAGAGCAAAGAAUGACUGUCAAA